CCCCCAGCAUUUCAAAUCAAAAAAUAUAAAAUCGGUCAAUUUCGAAUUCGUGUUCACAUUUCGCAGUAACUUUGUUGUACUUAAUUUUAAUGAAUUACUUUUUUAAUCCUAAUUAAAAUGUUACAACUUUUUUAAAGUUUUGUUUUCAGGCAUUUGAGUUCCUCCCUCAGCUUGCACUAUGGGCCUAAAUAAGAAGACUGGUUCAGUAAUGCGGAUUUUAAUCUCACUCGCAAUCAUGGGCCUUUUAAGCGAAGUAUCUGCAACAGUGGACACUUUGGCGUCAGAAAUAGGAUCAUUGGCUAGCAAUCCACUUGAAUCUCUCAUAUCGGAGACUGGCCUUAAGUCAGAAUUCGAAGGCAUAUCUAAAUUGGUAGAACAAGUGAAAGAUGGCCCUCUUGGAAAACUGACUGGAGGAAAAGAUUUGAAAGAACCAUUAAUGAGUCCGCAGGAACCCAUGAGUUUGAAGCCAAUGAUGGGAACUAAAAAGCUUCUGAAAACUGCACCUUUGAAAAAAGUUGUCCUGAAAAAGGCAGUAAAGGCUAAAGUGCUUGUCCCUAAAGUUAAAGUACCGCUGGUUGCAUUGAAAAAGAAACCAAAAACUUACGAGCUAGAGCCAAUCGUACACGUGAUUGAAAAGCCUGUUCCAGUAUAUCACAAAGUGCCAGUGCCAAAAAAAGUUAUGGUGCCGAAGUUUUAUCCGGUAUACAAGCCAAUACCAGUGCCGAAGAUUGUGCCUGUGCCAUUUAAAGUGCCUGUUAAGAAAAUCAUUCCCAAGAUAGUGAAGAUCCCUAAGCCAUUUAUUGUGAAAAAGUAUAUUCCUGUAAAGAAGCCCAUUCCCAUUGGUAUACCUUAUCCAGUACCAAAGAUUUACAAGGUUCCAAUUCCAAAGCCUGUUCCUUAUCCUAAAUUCAUUCCCAUUCCAAUCAAGAAAAAGGUCCCAAAAUUUAUUCCUGUUCCAGUGAAAAAGAUAAUCAAAGUUCCAAAGCCGUACUAUGUACCUGUGAAAGUUCCUUAUAUAACGACAAGCUAUAUGAAGACACCCAUGGUUGUAAAAGUCCCGGAUGUUAAAAAAGAACCCUUCAAGAAGGGCCAGUUUUCUGGAAUCGGAAAAUUCCCUCUGAAGUCCAAAUCUUAUCCUGGACAAAAAUUUCCUACUGGCCCUGGAUUGAUGAACUUCAUUUCUAAUGAAGACAUAGCAGUGAAGACUUAUAAAUUAAAAGAUUCAGCACAAGAACUAGCCAAAUUCGUUUGAUUGUAAUUUCUGUUUUAAUAAACAAUUUUAAUUUAA